CAGAGACUCAAAUCAAGGCACAAUGUCCUUCAAUAGAGACAUGGAUCCGAGUAAAGAUGGUGAGGAAGAUGAAUCUCUGACAUGCUCGCUGCCAGAAUUAUAUGCGUUUGCUGAGAAUUUUAAUAAGGAGAACAAGAAAUUGAAUCUCCUGAAAAUGCACUGUAUUUCACCUGGUGAAGCACAGAGAAUGCUCAGUCAAAAGCAUUUCCUGAAUGGAACCGGGGGGACUGAUGGGAGAACAGAUGAUUCCUUACCUGUUUUCACAUGCAAGGUGGUGAGAAGAGAAGAGCGGCCAGAGUCCAUGACUGAGCUCCUGCACCGCAGCUUGCUUACCAGGUCCCUCUCCCCGGUGGAGAGACUCUCCAAAUCCCAGCAGAGAAUUUCUGAGUAUGGGAUCCCCCCUCCCAUGCACACUUUUCCUUACGAGAUUCUCAUCGAUCACUCCAAAUCCGUGUCAAUGGUCACCAUACGGAAGAAGAUUCAGAGCACCAGAAUUCUGUGCAGGCUGGGCAUUCCCUGUGUCUCACCAGAGAAGUUUAUCUUUGAAGAUAAAGCCCCUAAAUACUUCCUCAUUGAUCCAGCAAAACAAUUCAUGGAUCUAAGGGAUCUGGAAUGGAAGUUUUACAAGGGGCUUGUGAAGUGGAAGCGAUGCGUUUCGGAUGAGUUUUCAGACAUUAAGAAUGACAGCGAGAAGAGAUUUGUGGGGAGCCAGCAGUUGCCGCAUCCUCUUUCCCCACCUCUAGUUCAUAAGUCUCUGGUCAUUUAUCCUAAAGUUGAUUACCCAAAAACGUUAUCGCCUCCUUAG